AGACCUAUCAGUCAAGUAUCCAACAACAAAGAAAACAAUCCGAGCGAAGAAGUAGACGGAUAAAAAUUGAAAGUAGAAGAAGAAGAAGACGUUCAGAAGAAGAGUGAAAUGGCGGCGCCAGCGGAAAGGAUGGAGGUUUCUCAGGGAGAGAGCUCUGCCAAGCCAGCAGCUGAAGAUAUGACAUCAAAGGACUACUACUUUGACUCAUAUGCCCACUUUGGAAUUCAUGAGGAGAUGCUCAAAGAUGAGGUGCGCACUCUGACCUAUCGCAAUUCCAUGUUUCACAACAAGCAUCUAUUCAAGGACAAGGUUGUGUUGGAUGUUGGCAGUGGAACUGGAAUCCUCUGCAUGUUUGCUGCUAAAGCUGGAGCCAAGAAAGUCAUUGGGAUUGAGUGCAGCAGCAUCUCAGACUAUGCUGUGAAAAUUGUAAAGGCAAACAACCUGGAUGAUGUCAUAACCAUCAUUAAAGGGAAAGUGGAGGAGGUGGAGCUGCCGGUUGAUGGAGUUGAUAUCAUCAUAUCAGAGUGGAUGGGCUACUGUCUCUUUUAUGAAUCGAUGCUCAACACAGUUAUAUAUGCCAGGGACAAAUGGCUGAAACCGGAUGGGCUGAUUUUCCCUGAUCGAGCCACAUUGUACGUCACUGCCAUCGAAGACAGGCAGUACAAGGACUACAAAAUCCACUGGUGGGAGAAUGUGUAUGGUUUUGAUAUGUCCUGCAUUAAGGAGGUAGCCAUUAAGGAGCCCCUGGUGGAUGUGGUGGAUCCCAAGCAGCUGGUUAGCAACUCCUGUCUCAUCAGGGAGGUUGACAUCUACACAGUGAAAGCUGAGGACCUAACCUUCACCUCGCCGUUCUGCCUCCAAGUGAAAAGAAACGACUACAUCCACGCGCUGGUCACCUACUUCAACAUCGAGUUCACCCGCUGUCACAAGAGGAUCGGCUUCUCCACCAGUCCAGAGUCUCCUUAUACCCAUUGGAAGCAGACUGUCUUUUACCUAGACGAUUACCUUACCGUGAAGACUGGAGAGGAGAUCUUUGGCACAAUUGGCAUGAAGCCAAAUGUAAAGAACAACCGAGACCUGGACUUCACCGUGGACAUCGACUUCAGGGGUCAGCUGUGUGAGAUGUCAAAGACUUUGGAGUACAGGAUGCGCUAGAAGUUUCCUCCACGUCGUCUUUAGUACCGAGCCGUUUAAUACCCGAGUGUACAUUAGUUUCUACUCCCCCCACGCUAACAUUUUAAACACAUGUUUUUUUGAUUAUUUUCUUAUUCAGACAUUAAAAGUAUUUGCAAAUCUUUUUCUCAUCUUCCAAGAUUUAAAUGUGUCGGGUGUGGUUAUUGUACUGUAUACACGCAAGGUGUUUAAAUGUAUGUGGUGUUUGUGCUCGACAUCUUGCUGGAUUUGCUUUUGGACUCUUGUUCUCGCAUGUGCAGCAUUCAUGUCCAUUAAAAAAAGGUCACUGGCCGCUGUUUAAAGAUAAUGUUAGUGUUUGUCAAAUGUCUCUCGCUUAACACGUAAUACGGGCUUAUCAAAACUUGGGUUGAUUAUUAAUUUAUUAUUCUGAGGAUCAAGUUGUCAAAGACAUUUCCAUCCAGUGGAUUAGUCUGGGCCAAUUCUUAAUAUCUGAUUAAUUAAUUCUUAACGAUUAACUGUUUUUUGUCAGGAGAAUCAAUAGAGAAGUAACUGCAAAAACUCAAGUUAUUUUAGAUCCAUUAAAAUGGAUUUGGUAUAUACUAUAAAUGCAUCCUUUACUUUUUUUUGUACAAAUGGGAUAUUUAAUGCUGGUAAGAAUUAUUUUAGAAUCCC